UUGGAACAAGGCUUUCGAGGAGAGUUCGUUCGUAGAUAUGGAGGUUGUACAGGAGGCAGUGAAGAGGUUUGGGUACCUCUUUUAUGUGAUGGACCCUCGUGCUCAUAAUUACGAGAAAAUUGACCAAGUUAAAGAUUAUUACAAAGAGGUAGCUCCUUUCUUUCUUGUGACAGUUUUACUUGAACAGGUUAUCCGGUUUUACCAGAAAAAGCCAUUAUGGAGAUUGUCAGAUACAAUAUCCAAUACUUUCCAUGGUUUUCUAAUGGAAUUUUCCAAGAUUCCGUUCAAAGGAGCCGAGGUAUGGGUGUAUGCUUGGAUUUACAAAAACUACCGAUUAAUAGAACUCCCGUGGGAUUCGCCGUGGACAUGGAUUGCCUGCUGGUUCAUAACAGAUUUCUGUUAUUACUGGAUGCAUAGAAUGAUACACCAGGUGAACAUACUGUGGGCCAUCCACGAAACUCAUCACACACCCGAAGACAUGAUGUUUACGUCGCCAAUGAGAAAUCACAUAUUUUUGCUGCCAAUUCAUUGGAUAACGUACCUGCCAAUGGCUCUAGCAAUUCCACCAACAACUUACCUCGUCCAUUACCAAAUCAGUAUUAUAUAUCAGUAUUGGUUACAUUCAGAAAUUAUCGAUAAACUUCCUGCUCCCCUCGAAUAUAUGUUAAGUACACCAAGUCAUCACCGAGCUCAUCAUGGUCGCAAUCGGCGCUACAUCGAUAAGAAUUUCGGGGGCUUCUUAAUAAUAUGGGACCGAAUAUUUGGAACUUUCGAACCUGAAGAUCCGGAAGAAAAGCCAUUGUACGGAUGUACAACUCAAAUGAAGUCAUACAAUCCGCUUAUUAUUCAGACAAGACAUUUCAGGAACAUUUGGAACAGAUUUUGGGAAAUUGAAGGAAUAGGUAACAAAUUAUCCGUCAUUUUCAAAGGUCCUGGCUGGUCACCUGGAAAACCAUGGACAGGAAACAUUGAAGACAUACCUCAUCCUGCUCCUGAGUUCGAGAAGUAUAAUCCGCAGUUAACAUUGCUGGACAAAUCUUACACGUUCAUACACUUCGGCUUCCUUAUUAACGCAUAUUACAUGCUGGCUCUCAACAUGUCGGUUUUAUCGAAACUUACGACAGGAACAAGUGCCGCGUUUAUUGCCUAUUCUUGUAUUUCCAUGGGAUUUAUGCUGGAUAAUAGCCGCUAUGCCCCACCUUUCGAAUUUUUCAGAUGUAUUCUAUAUUUUGUGCUCGACAAAAUCAUAUUUCCAGAAGUGCGAAGUUUUGGUUCUGCUCCGGUCAUUGUGAUGUACGCCAACCGGACUCUGGCUGCCUUGUCCAUUGUCUUCUGGAUAAGUCUAUACCUCUAUGAAAAUCUUCGCACGAUUUACAAAGAGAAAACUCUGUGAGAAUCUCCAAAGAUAAUUCUAUUUUUAAGAAAAGAGACGUUUGAUGAAAAUCAAUCAAACUUCAAGAAAGCCUAUUAAAGAAUAUUCGUUACAUUGUCGAAGUGUUUUACAGAUAUUAAACGACUUUUUGAUGUCAUAUCUAUAUCUGCAUUGUCAUUCAGUAAAACAAUGGGCUGUUUAUUUUGCUAAGAAUUUCUUCUAUUCCUCAUUAGUGCAAUAUUUUUGUAUUCUUCGUCUACUGAGCACAUUAAUUGCAAUGUCACUCGGCUUAGUUGACAGGUAAAAUCCCAUUCGAAUAGAUUGCAAAUGAGUGCUGAUAAGUUUAAUGUCCGUCAGAGAAAAGUUUAAACAACCUGUUAUGUGAUCUUUUGAAAAAGAACAAUAGAGGGAAACAACAUAAUAAUUUAUUGCUAAAUAUAUAUACAUAUAAUGAAAUAUCACCGUUUAAUAGUUGGGAGAUCGUUGUAUUUUUGUUUCGUUUUUCAAUUAAUUUUAAUUAAGUUAUUAAAUGAUUAUCAA